AUGACGCUUUCAUUGCAAGCCAGAGUAUUUUACGGUUUAAAAACUGACAUAGCUUCGAACGUACAUUAUAUUUCGGACAAUGAAAUCUUAUAUCCAGUCGGUAAUGUAAUAUCACUUCAUCACAUUCCACAACGUAGACAACGAUUAAUACGUUUGUCCGAUAAACAUGAGAUAAAUAUAAUUGCUGUUACCCCUAAUAGGAAAUAUGUCGCAACCUGCGAAGUUGGCGAAAAGCCUACAAUAUCAAUAUAUGAUCUUCAAACGUUAAAGAGGAAAAAACUACUCGGUAUACCUUACGACGCACCUGAGGUUACUAAAUUUACAUGCAUUGGCUUCAGCUUUGAUAAUAAAUAUCUAGCAGCAGUUACAGGAGAGCCUGAUCAAAGAAUGCUUUACUACAAUUGGGAAAAGGGGAAAAUGGAAUCUAGUAUAAAAGUAGGCACUCAACAAACUCCGCCGGCUAUUAUUGAAUUAUUAGCAUGUAAUCCAUCCGAUACAGGAGUAGUUGCGGUUGCGGGUUUACGCACAUUUAAAUUCUUAACUCUUUCUGAAACGGUAUGGCGUCCAUACGGAUUCUCUAAAGCAGACAAUAUACUUGCGUGUUCCAUAACUUGGCUGAAUUCGGAUAGAUUAUUGCUUGGAACCAAAGAUGGUAAAAUACUUUACUUAGAAAACGGAGACUUAAAAAAUAUUUAUAAAAUGAGCGAUACAACUUCUAUGAAUCUUAAAAUUCGAGAAGAAUAUGUUAUACAAGCCACGAGUUCAAUAACGGACAUUAAAGAAGACAGCGAAUGGAAUAAUAAUAUUCGUUGUUUAAUUGCAUUUUCGAAAGGAUUCGCAUAUGCAUACGGUUUCAAAACAAUCGUGGUGUUUGAAAGAGAGGGUCAACAUAAAUAUACGAAAAGGAACGUUUUUAUAAUUCCAACACAAGUAUCAAAAGAUGAGAAUCCAGAUUUAUAUCAAGUUCAUAAUAUAAGCAUUAAUAUAAGUUUGGAUAGUUUAGUAAUUACAACCGGCUGGCCCCAAUUGUUUCAUGCAAGAUUAUGGGGGCCUGACUUGAGCAUAGAUCCAGAACCACAAGAAUUAAAAAUCUUGGGUCAAGCACUACAUUAUGGACCUAUAAGUAAUCUCUCAAUGUGUGCUUGGAAAUCAAUCUUCAUGACAUGUGGAGAAUUUGACCAUAGCAUAAGGCUAUGGGAUUUUGAGUCUGGAAGUUUAAUUUUAUUUAAACAAUAUACGGAACAUAUUUGUGGGAUUUCUUUACAUCCCACAGGACUCUUUUGUUUGAUUGGUUUUAGUGAUAAGUUACGCUUCAUGUGUAUAUUAAUAGACGAUUUAUUAACCAUGGAAGAAUUCCCGAUAAGAUGUUGUAAAACCGUAACUUUUAGCCACGGUGGUCACUUAUUUGCAGCUGUUAAUGAAAAUAUUGUACAAGUUUAUACAACAGUAGAUUUCACUAGCUACUUCAUUUUGAAAGGUCACACUAAUAGAGUAAAAGCUCUAUUGUGGUCACAAACUGACACAAAAUUGCUAACAUUAGGCAGUGAGGGUGCUAUAUACCAAUGGGAUAUGACUACUGGUACACGUUCUGCCGAAAUAAUUAUAAAAAACAUAAAUUUACAAGACAUUGCUCUGUCUGCCGACGAACAAGUUUCAUAUUGUAUUGGCAGUGACAGUAUUAUACGUGAGAUUAAAGAGAAUGCGAUAGCUCGAGAGUAUAAUCUUCCGGGAGAAACCAUGCACAGUAUGAUACUAGGGAAACAAGAUCAAGUUUUAUUUCUUGUUUGUCCUGGUGGCAGUAUUUUAUCGGUGAAGUGUCCACUUCAAGAACCAGUACAAUACUCAGAAUUUAACAUUCAUUCUGUUGAUGUCACAAAGAUUGCUCUUUCUCACAAUCAAGAAUAUUUAGUGUCUACCGGUAUUGAUGGUAGUAUGUGCAUUUGGAAAUUGUAUUCUGCUGAAGGAAAAGCGAAGGUAGGAAAAGAAAUAGUAUACACAAAUGAGGUGCUGAUUAGUAAAGGCGACCUAGUAGAAAAAAUACAUACGAUACAAGACUUGAAUGUCAGAAUGAGGGAAUUGGAAACUGAGCACGCGUAUAAAAUGCGUCAAAUAGAUGUUCAACAUAACGAUAAAGUACGGGACCUUCAUAAAGGGUAUUGCGACGCUAUUGAGGAACUGAGAGACAAGAUAAGCAGGCUACAGGAAGAUCAUAAGAAUGAGCUUAAUGUAAUAAACAUAGAAAUAGAUAGAAUGAAAGAGAAUCAUGAGGAAACAAUGAAACGAGUAGAAAUGAACUACGAUGCCAAACUUAUCACGGAGUAUGAUAAGUACUUACAGUUGGAGGAUCAUAUGAAUUCCAUGCGACAGGAUUACGAGAAACGCUUGGAAGAUUUAGGGAAACAGGGAGCUGAAGAAUUACAAAACGCGACGAAUAAAUACGAGGCUCUGUUGCACCAGAACAAAUUACAACUGGAGGAAACUCAGGAUGAAAUGACACAUCAGGCGCGUGUCCAUGAACAAAUGACGACACAGAUAGAGGAUGAUGCUGAUCAAGAAAUUUUAGAACUACGAACCAAUUACGAAAAUUUGUUGCAUGAGGAAAGAGAGUUGAUCUUGAAACUAAAAGGAGAGGCUGGAAUGAUGCGUAAUAGAUAUAUUGCUAGCCAAAAGGAUGUCGAGGAACUGAAGAGGCAAAUGCAACGCGUUCAAAACGAGUACAGUUACUUUCAGUCGUCCAUCCAAGAACUGGAAAAGGAUAAAGAGGAUUUAAAGAGAGAAAUAAACGACAGAGAUGUUACGAUUCAGGAUAGAGAAAGUCAAAUAUACGAAUUGAAACGUUUGAAUCAGGAAUUGGAGAAGUUUAAGUUUGUAUUGAAUUAUAAGAUCACCGAAUUAAAAAAUCAGAUAGAACCACGGGAUCAAGAGAUCAGAGAACUUAAGGAAAAGAUACGAGACAUGGAAACAGAGUUAGUAAAUCUUCAUAAAACUAAUGUGAGUUUAGAACUGCAGUUGUACGAACUGAGGGAAAAAUUGGGAGCAGCAAGACGCGAGUUGCAGUAUGAAGUGCACCGGAACAAAAAGUGUCAGCAACUUCUGAAAAGAAUUCGCGUGGACUUGUUGGACGCGUCAGGUCUUGUACAGGAGCCGCAAGCGUUGAAGAAUGCCAUAACAAAAUUGUAUCACAAGUAUAGUGCCAGCGACGAUUUCUUGCGCAGUCGUAAAGCAGACUUUGAUGCUCAAUGUGAAUUUAUGAAGCAAAGGGAUCACCUGGAAAGAACAAUAGCUUCUCUUAGAAAACAAGUGUUUCAGGAUAAACCUGGUAGUGGGAAAGAUAUGGAUAAAACAAUAGAAGAGAACAUUACGUUAAUUACAGAAUUAAAUGCUCUGAGGGAAGAGUUGAAAGAUGCUAGAAAACAUAUACUACACAUGGAAGGUCUUCUUGGUUUGACUGCAAAGAACAUCACACCAUCAGAAGCAAAAAAGAAGUUACACAAUGCAUGCUAUGGCCAUGAAGAAUUGAAGAAUAAAUAUAAAAUUCAAAUGCAAGAGUGUCAAACUAUAAUAAACACAUUAAAAGACGAUAUGUACAAAUUGAUAAACAAAUUACCAUGCGAAGAACAAGUGGCUCAAUCGAACUUUUAA